GUUUUUUCACAGUCCUGUGUUUGGUAUGGAGAGUGUGGAAUUGCAUUUGGAGUUAAGAGAUACAAUUGUGAAUAUUCUGGGCCACCAAAACCAUUGCCAAAGGAUGGGUAUGACUUAGUGCAGAUUUCAGGACUUGAAUGGACUCUGCUGCUAAGUGGCUAUGACUUCCUCGUCCCCAUUCAUUUUAAUGAUUCCUCCGUGUUCUACUGA